AUGCUCUCCUUCACCUCACCACUUCUCCCAUCUCAUCUCCGAAUACCUCGCCCAACCGCCGUCCGAGUCGUCUGUAAUCUCCAAUCCUCGGAUCCCGCGAGCGCCCUCGACGAUGUGUCCCCCUCCGUGAAGCUGAACGCCGUGGCCGAAGCUCUGGCCCGCCGCCGCGACUACCCUGCCGCCAUCCGCCUGCUCCAGGAAAUGUCCACUGCUAAAGUAUCCCUCGACCCGCAAGCCCUCUCCACCAUCGUCGACUCCGCUGUCCUUGCCCCGAACGCCCUCGCCUCCCUGCUGCGUACAGCCGCCCCGCCGGGGUACGCCUCCCACACCCUCCCGUCCGCGACCCAUCCAGACCCCCACCCAAUUGACCCAGAACGACCAGCUGAUCUUUCCCUCGCCGUCUCGUUUCUCGUCCUCGUCACUGGCGCCGUUUCAGCAGAGCUUCUUGAACCCCCGCUGGUUCACCACUCUGCCGAUGAAGCUACUUCAGUCCUGUUAUUGCUGUUUACCGCUUUGUUGUUUGACAGGUAUGCAGCAGCGGCCUCUACAUGGCAAAGGAUUUCCGCGGGGCUUGCCCGCAUUUUCGCUGACGAUCCCGUAAGGACCGCCCGCGUUGAUGCCGCGCAUUUCCUUGUCGCCUAUGUCUUGGGACUGCCGUGGAUGUGCUUCAGGCCGGAUCCCAAGCAGAUCAUUAAGUUUCAUUCAUCGCGCCACGGUGAAGGGAGCAGCUCCGACAUCCAGAUCGUUGACGACAUGUCCGAUGCCGAAAUGGACAUCUACUUGGUCUGGCUGGUGGCUGGCGUCGCUUUCGAGGACGCCCAAGAUGGCAAGCUUAUAGAUUCCAACUUGAAGGGCGCCCGCGCCUUACUUCGAGCUGUCACUCGCGCGAGACGGAAGCGAGGAACCACCGAAAGCGAGGAUGAACUCGUACGGUCACAUGAUAGAAUACAAACGGCGCUCGCGCAUGCAAACGAAAUUCUAGAACGAUACCACCUCACGCAUACGAAAAUUGCGGAGAAAAUGCUCAAAGGUGGCUCGGUUGGAGAAUGUGUCGUAGAGGUCGCCGACGCAUUUACGUAG